UCUGUAUUUACAAACUGAGACAUAAAAACCAUUUUUUUACUGAAUUAAAACUUAUUUUCUCUGUCAGAUAAUCAGUAAAAAUCAUCAGAAAUGAAUGACGUAUUAUUCUGUCUCUUUUCUGCAGCGCCCCCUGCUGUGGCAGAGUGAAAACUGCAUGUUCAUUUCUGAGAAGUUUCCUAUUUAACAAUAAAUGUUCAAAUAAUCUAAACUCUGCAUAGACGUUGGUCAGAAUAAGAUGAGUUAGAUGGUUUCGGUUUUUAUUUGUGGUUGGUGUCUCCAGCUGACCAAUCAGACGCCUGAUGUGGUUUGGAUUCUGUUCUGUUUAAUAUAAAUCUGUCAGAAAUUACUUCCUGUUAUUCUGGCUGUGAAGAUGAUGAUCAAAAACUUUCUGACGGGUUCUGUUUCUCGUCUUGCCACCUCGGCUACAAUCAUUGUGAUUUUUACUCACAAUGUUUUAUUUGAGAGAGAAGUGUCCUGCACCUGCAGGAAUCAGAGCCGUGGCUGUGGGAUCUACAUCACUCUUCCAGUUUUUACCAUCAUGUUUUUGUUACUUUGGCUGAACAAAGUCUUCAUCGGUUCCUGCAGGAUGUGCAGCUGCUUCACGUUGUUUCCCCUGAAGUGUGACUGUAAAUGUAGAGGGAAAUGUGUUCGUGUGGUUGUUCUCCAGACUGUGAAGGUUUUCCUGACUGCUCUGCUGUGGGUCGUCUCUGUGCUGCUGGACGGAGACUGGUUCGCCUGCUGUCAGAACGGACUCUCUGGACAGGAUGUUCUGAUUCCCUGCAAGACAAACAGAACCUUAGAUGAACAAAUCCUUAUCGAUAAACUGAAAAACAAGUCAAAGGUCAUUGGCCUGGGAACGCUGUUGUCCAUCCUCUUCCUGGCUGUUUGCUUCUCAGCGGUGAGAUGGAGGAAAUGCUGCGACAGCAAAAGCUCUGCAGAGCAAAGAGACGGGAAAUGCUGGAAAUGUUGUUCAGACGACUGCAGGACCUGCUGCGAGGACUGCCUCUGUAGCUGUGAUGGAUUUGCUCCCUAUGAGCUGAUCGUUGUAAAAGAAGGAGAAAAUAUCGUGAACCAGAUUCUGAAAGAAAAAGCCAAAGAAGCUCUGACCCAAAACGUUGAAGAAAUUCUGAAUCGGAACAACAAGAACAGAUUUAUUGAAGGUUUUGAUGCAGCUGAAGAACUGAUUAAGGAACUGUGGCCUCAAGAGAAGCAGCCUUCAGGAAGUGGAAAAGACAAUAAAGCUGAAAUUCAUAAAGAUGUUUGGAAAUUCACUUUUGCUGAGGCCCAGCAGAUUUCUCUUCAGUUGGUUUCAAAACCGGAGAAGAAAGAUGGAGGAAGUUCCCUGGAUGAGGCAGGAGGGGUCCAGGGCGCUGAAUGUCCACCAUCUCCAUCACAUGGAGGUUCAUCAGGUCAAACAGAGAAUGCCAAUGGUCAUCGUCAUGGUUACGAUCCACCACAGAUUCAGGAAGGAGGUGAAAAUGUUCCAAUGGGAAAUGUCUCUAGUUCAGGUGGAAACCAGAACAAUCCUCCACCAUCCGACCCGGUGGAUCCACCUUCACAGGAUCAGGAGAGCAGAUCAUAGACCCUCAGCAACAUGUUCAACUUUGUUUUUUUAUUUUCCUGAUACCAGAAAUUUAAUUAAAUUAGAAAAAUGUCAGCAAAACAAAAUGUUUUUUAGUGUAAAUAAUAUACAUUUCCAGACUGGAUGUGAAAACAGAUUUUAAAACAUGAGUUAUAUUUUACAUUUUAUUAGUUUAUAAUGGUUUAUAUGUAAUAUUUGAUAUUAGUAUGUUAUAUAUUCUUUAAUUUUGCAGCAUAUUAGGCCACAUAUUGUCAUGUUCUGUGUUUUUCUGUGUAUUUAUUUAGAGUUUUCUGUGUCCCUGAGUCUCCAUGUUGUCCUGUUCUCCCUUUGAUUACUCCCAGGUGUUUCUCGUUCCCUAAUUACCCCCCUGUGUAUUUAGUGUCACCUGUGUGUCUGUGUCUUUGUCGGGUCCUCGUCUAACGUGCUCUGAGUCCUUCGUGUGUUCAUUGGUAAAACCUGUUGCUACUGGCGUUGAGCCCUGGUUUCCGCUCAGUCGUGCUGCCUGUGUUUUUGGACUGUUUUGACUUCAUUUUUCAUUAAAACCAUCAUUUCUCACUGCA